AUGGUGCUCCGGCACCUUGAAAAUCAAGGGUCGUAUGAUAUAUUGAUGAAUGGAUUUUUCUUACAGUCUACCACUACUCCUAAAAAAGCAAAUAAAGGAGUCCUGGAGGGACAUUCGAGGUUGACAAGACCUGCGUGGUGGACCCUGACCGGGGGCAAAUGGGUAGUCAAAUCGGCAUUUGGGAUCGUGAAGCAUGGUGGUCUAGGGGUUGAGAAGCAUGGUGGUAUGACCUCCAUAAAUCUCGGCAAAUCUUGGCCACCGCCCUGA